GCGGGCCCUCCCGGCCGGCGCGAGUCCCGGGACCCUGAGCUGCGCGCGGCGGCAUGGGCUGGUGGCGGUCUGUGCUGCGCUCCUUGUGGAGCUCUCUGUCGAAGGAGGUGAGGGAGCACGUAGGCACGGACCAUCUGGGGAACAAAUACUACUACAUCGCCCAGUACAAGAACUGGAGAGGACAGACUAUUCGAGAGAAAAGAAUUGUAGAAGCAGCAAACAGAAAGGAGCUAGACUAUGAAGCAGGAGACAUCCCAACAGAAUGGGAAGCAUGGAUUAGAAGAACAAGAAAGACUCCACCUACUAUGGAGGAAAUACUAAAGAAUGAAAAAUACAGAGAAGAAAUUAAAGCAAAAAGCAAAGAGUUUUAUGAAAAAGAUAAACUCGGUAAAGAAACCAGCGAGGAACUCUUGCCUCCACCUGCAAUUCAGAUUAAAGGACAUGCCUCUGCUCCAUAUUUUGGAAAGGAAGAACCCUCAGUGGCUCCCACCAGCACUGGGAAAACUUUUCAGCCAGGAUCCUGGAUGCCAGAAGAUGACAAAAGACAAAAUCAAUGAAUACACUAUGGUAAAGUCAUUUUAUUUAUAUGGAUAUGGCUGUUGUAACAAAUAAAACAAAGGUUAAAAGUU